GCGGAGCCUGCGCUAGGCAGUCGGGGUCAGUGGCGCUAGGGGAAGCAACGCGGGAGGCACUGCUGAAGGAGGGGCUCAGGGCUGGGACUUCGGGAGAGGAAGAUGCCAGCCACAGACCUUGUGAUGUUGAAGGCCUUUGAGCCUUACUUCGAGAUUUUGGAAGCAUACUCCACCAAAGCCAAGAAUUAUGUCAAUGGACAUUGCACCAAAUAUGAGCCCUGGCAGCUAAUUGCAUGGAGUGUUGCAUGGACCCUGUUGGUAGUCUGGGUGUAUGAGUUUGUUUUCCAGCCAGAGAGUUUAUGGUCAAGGUUUAAAAAGAAAUUCUUUAAAGUCAUCAGGAAGAUGCCGAUUAUUGGUCGCAAGAUCCAAGAAAAGUUGAAUAAGGCCAAGGAGGAUAUCAGCAAGAACAUGUCAUUCUUGAAAGUGGACAAAGAGUAUGUGAAAGCUCUGCCCUCCCAGGGUUUGAGUGCACCUGCAGUUCUGGAGAAACUCAAGGAAUACAGCUCCAUGGAUGUCCUCUGGCAAGAAGGGAGAGCCUCGGGAACAGUGUACAGUGGGGAGCAGAAGCUCACAGAGCUGCUGGUGCAGGCUUAUGGAAAUUUUGCAUGGAGUAACCCACUGCAUCCAGAUGUCUUCCCAGGACUACGUAAGCUAGAAGCAGAAAUUGUGAGGAUGAGCUGCUCCCUGUUCAAUGGGGGCCCAGAUUGCUGUGGGUGUGUUACCUCUGGGGGAACAGAAAGCAUCCUGAUAGCCUGCAAAGCUUAUCGGGACCUGGCCUUAGAGAAGGGGAUCAAGACUCCAGAAAUUGUGGCUCCCCAAAGUGCCCAUGCUGCAUUUGACAAAGCAGCCUGUUACUUUGGGAUGAAGAUUGUACGGGUUCCACUGAACAAGAUGAUGGAGGUGGAUAUACGAGCGAUGAGAAGAGCCAUCUCCAGGAACACUGCUAUGCUCGUCUGCUCCACCCCACAGUUUCCUCAUGGUGUGAUAGACCCUGUCUGCGAAGUGGCCAAGCUGGCUGUCAAAUACAAAAUACCCCUUCACGUGGAUGCUUGUCUGGGGGGCUUCCUCAUUGUCUUUAUGGAGAAAGCAGGAUACCCACUGGACAAACCAUUUGACUUCCGGGUGAAAGGUGUGACCAGCAUUUCAGCUGAUACCCAUAAGUAUGGCUAUGCCCCCAAAGGCUCAUCAGUGCUGUUGUACAGUGACAAGAAGUAUAGGAGCUACCAGUUCUUCGUUGGCACAGAUUGGCAGGGUGGCAUCUACGCUUCCCCAACCAUUGCAGGCUCUCGACCUGGUGGCAUUGUUGCAGCCUGUUGGGCUGCCUUGAUGUACUUCGGUGAGAACGGCUAUGUUGAAGCUACCAAACAGAUCAUCAAAACCACUCGCUUCCUCAAGUCAGAGCUAGAAAAUAUCAAAGGCAUCUUUGUUUUCGGGAAUCCCCAACUGUCAGUCAUUGCACUGGGCUCCCGGGACUUUGAUAUCUACCGACUGUCUAACUUGAUGACUGCUAAGGGGUGGAACCUGAACCAGUUGCAGUUCCCCCCCAGCAUUCAUUUCUGCAUCACGUUAGUGCAUACCCAGAAACGAGUAGCAAUCCAGUUCCUAAAAGACAUCCGGGAAUCUGUCACUCAAAUCAUGAAGAACCCUAAAGCCAAGACCACAGGAAUGGGUGCCAUCUAUGGGAUGGCCCAGGCAGUUGUUGACAGGAAGUUGGUGGCAGAACUCUCCUCAAUCUACUUGGAUAGCCUGUACAGUACGGACACUAUAACUCAGAGCAACCAGAUGAAUGGCUCUCCAAAACCACGCUGAGCUUGGGCCCUUUUUGGUCCCAAGGGGCUUAUGGUCUUCAGAAGGUUCUUGGGAUAUGCAACAGGCCACACACAACUUUGACAUCUGGUCCUGCUCCACAGGGCACGAGAUUGAUCAUGUAACAGUUUCAGCCUCAGGAUUUGGGUUCCUCUUUUGUUAACUUUGUGGGUUUUCAAUUGGAAGACCCAGAAGGAUUCUUCAUAGUAUAAUGAAUUUGCCCUUGUUAUAUAAACAUUGCCCUAGGAAUUAUUUGAGCCAUUUCUUUUUCUAACUUCUCUAGCUUUCAUCUCUAUUUAAUGGCCAUUCUGACUCGUCCUGAUCCCUUGGGAAAGCCAGGAGAUAGCAUAUGGGGAUCUUUGCUACCUCAGGCAGAUGGUUUGGUGGCCAGAUGGGAGGCAUUUUUGUAACUAUUGUUUCUCCAGGUGGGUAUUAAAUGUGUCCUGAGAAGGAGGCCAUUUUAGCCCUCUGUUUAUGAGUAAGUCGGUUGUCUCUUAGAAUCUCUUUCAUUGCCACUUGUUUCAUUUUUCCAGGACCCAGGUUGGCUAAGUGGUUGGUGCCUGUGGUGCAGGAUGAGCAACUGAGCACAUGGCUCCGUCUCCCAUGGCAUGGCUGGGAGUACUUCAGGCCCUGCUUCACCUUGGUUGCCACCAUCUUUGUAGAUGCUUGUUGGCAGAUAUGCCCAUUGCUUUGUUGUUCUUGUUGUGGAAUGGGAAAGGAAUGUGGUUUCCAGAGAAUUAAGGAUUUGCUGGAUGAGUAGUGGCAGUGGUCAUGCACAGCUGGGUCCUCUCCUGGAUGGUGGUGAGAGAGUCAGAGUCUUUGCUGUGCCUUCCUGAAUAACAGCAUAGCUGAGCUCCCAGGCUCAUGUGUGUGGGUGGUGGGCCUCCCUCUCCUAUUGCCUUAAGCCAUCAUGUAAUGAGAGUAUGUUUGCUUGCAGGACAGGCUUGAAGCAUCUCCAUAAGUUGCCUUGACUUAUCUUAGGUGAAAGUGAGGAGGGUAUAGGAGAGAUUUUUUUUCUCCCCAAUAGUGUACUCUUCCUGCCUUUACCCUUUAUUCAGCUUCCAGAGGUACUAUGACAAUUACCUCAGGUACGGUUCCUUUUUCUGCCCUGGCUGAUGGAGCACUGUGGAAUGGGAUAACCUUUUUGGGCUACAAGAAUAUGGUGGCAGACAGCUGUAGGAGGACCUGGCCAUCCCACAGCCUGGGAUUGAUUUGUAAGACAGUUGCUCAGGAUGGUACAGGACAGGCCCAAACCCUUGGGUCCACUUCCUACUCUUUCUGUUUUGGGGGCCUUGAUCUAAGUAGAGUCACUAUCCUGUUCUCAUGACAUCAUACUAUGUGCCUUUUUCCUCAGCAGUGAGCUGUUUCUGACCCAUAGGGGAUGGGCCAGUCUUGAGGCUUCUGUUUGGGUAGAAGAGAACUUAGGGCUAGUCAGGAGGAACUUUGCUGAGUUCCCUUCCCCUUCCCAGGGCUCCUGAAUGCUCAUCCUCUCCUGGCUUCUGUUUUCUAGGAGUGCUCACUAGGAAUGCAGGCAAGGGGAGUUCCACACCAGUCUUUCCUUCUGGCACAUCUGUUAGAAGCAGUCUUUCUUUAGCAUUGCACUUCUCACCAGGAACUGUGACUAGCUGACCAUGGCUUUGUAUGGUGUGUGUGUGUGUGUGUGUGUGUGUGUGUGUGUGUGUGUGUGUGUGUGUGUGUGUGUGUGUGUGUGUGUGUGUGUGUGUGUGUGCGCGCGCGCGUGUGCGUGUGCGUGCUUAUCUCCUGUUUGCCUUACGGUACACUGUAGGGUUCAGGAGUGGUGGCUGUUCUUGUGUACAGGUGUCAGGGAGUAGCUGAAAUCUGUAGCUACAUGCUUCCUUGAAGGAGGGAGCCUCAAGAGAGUAGCUGUGGUCAGAGCUGUGUGGCAGCUGUCUCCAGUCUCUAGUGCAUCAUGUUGGAGGAGGCCCAGGGACCCAGAGCCACCCCACAAGGCACCGCUGUGGCUUAUCAGCAGCUAACCUAGAGAGUUACGGAUCCUUCAGAUUCCCUGGGACCAGACCUGAGCCACUUGCUUCCUUUAUGCUGUCACAGCAUUGGUGUGGGUGGGGGGGUUAGGGAGCGGUAGGGGCAUGAGGGUAUUUUUCAAAGGGACCUACCAUAGCCACUUUUAAUUGUGAUUCAGAGCCUUAGUUUGACUUAACACUUUUAUGAGCUCUUCAUUUUGUAUAUGUGAUUUUAUGUGUGCACAUAAACCUAGUCUGUGGCAGAAGUGAGUAGAGUAACUUUGUGAUAUCAUGUUAGGAGAAGUCACAUUGGCUUCUGCAAAGUCUGUAAAAGGUUAUACUGUCUUUUUAUUGCAUUAGAAGGAAGUAGUUCCUGCGGGAUGGCUCAUUGGUGGAGUGGUUGCCUGGCAUGUGCCAGACCCUGCGUACCAUCCCCAGACAGAACAGAAAAGCGAAAUAGUAGUCCUGUGAAUGUACUACCAUGUCACUUUUAAUAUUACCAGUUUUAUACUUGGAAAAUGGUACUUGCCUCUUUUUAAUCUGUUUUGUCUUCUCUAACCUCUUCCCUAUGCCCAUUUCUAAUUACGGCAAUAAUUUCUUAAGAAGCAAUUAAAUAAUUAAAUGUCCCAAAUUGUAA